AUCAGUUGUUAAGAACGACAACCUCGUAACGCCAACACAUGUAACAUUCUUAAUAAAUCCGAUAGAGAGAGAGAGUGUGUUAUCAUCAUCACUACUGACUCAGCAAACAAAAACUGCGAUUCAAUUCAAAUUGAAUCACAAUCCUUAUCACAAUUUUCACAAACCCUCUCUCUCUUCAAUGGCGGAUCAGAACCAAAAAGCAGAGAUCUUUGAACUCAACAAUGGAACCGUACAGUUCCUUGUUACCAAUCUCGGUUGCACAAUCACAUCCUUCUCUGUACCUGGCAAAGAUGGUGUAUUGUCCGAUGUUGUUCUUGGCCUUGAUUCUGUUGAAUCCUAUCAGAAGGGUCUUGCUCCUUAUUUUGGCUGCAUUGUGGGUCGCGUCGCAAACCGGAUUAAGGAUGGCAAGUUUAAACUUGAUGGGGUUGAGUACUCUUUGCCUCUCAACAGACCCCCAAACAGUCUCCAUGGUGGAAAUGUUGGGUUUGAUAAGAAGGUAUGGGAGGUGACUGAAUAUAAAAAGGGAGAAACUCCAUCUAUCACUUUUAAGUAUGAAAGCCAUGAUGGGGAAGAAGGUUAUCCUGGUGACAUUACUGUUACCGCAACUUACACGCUCACGUCAAAGACGACUCUAAGGCUCGACAUGGAAGGAGUGCCAAAGAACAAGCCAACCAUCAUUAACUUAGCUCAGCAUACCUAUUGGAACUUAGCUGGCCAUAACUCAGGCCAUAUACUUGACCAUUCAGUUAAGAUAGCGGCUAAUCAUGUCACUCCUGUGGAUCAGAAUACUGUGCCAACCGGUGAAAUCGUGCCAGUGAAGGGUACGCCUUUUGAUUUCACAUCUGAGAAGAGAGUAGGUGACACCAUCAAUCUGGUUGGAUUAGGAUAUGACCACAAUUAUGUGCUUGAUUGUGGCGAAGAGAAAGCUGGUUUGAGGCAUGCUGCAAAAGUUAGGGAUCCAUCAAGUUCAAGGGUACUUAACUUGUGGACAAAUGCACCCGGUAUGCAAUUUUACACCGCAAAUUAUGUCGACAACGUAGCUGGAAAAGGAGGCGCUGUAUAUGGAAAGCAUGCCGGAUUAUGUCUUGAGACACAAGGAUUCCCGAAUGCUAUAAACCAAUCGAAUUUUCCGUCUGUUGUGGUUCGACCUGGUGAAAAGUAUCAACAUUCUAUGUUGUUUGAGUUUUCAAUUGAAUGAAUAUUGUUGGAGAGAUAGAAUAAGUACUGAAAUAAAUAAGGUAGACUUGUUCUGGUUAUAAUUAUUGUUUAGAACCUGAACUUUGGUUGCUCCUGAAACUGUUACUUGUGUUUAAAUAAUUGUCUUAAUUGUUUGAGAGACUCAGUUUUAAGAGCACAUCAUGAGCUGUUUUAUUUUAUAAUAACUCCUGAUGUAUUCUGCAAAAUAAAUGUUCUAUGGAUUCUUUGAAUUGUUCUGUGUUGGAGACUCUACCAAGUAAACUCAACAGAUUUCUUUUUUAUGAUA